UCAUUUCGUUUUUGCACUCCUAAACAACGCGAUUUUAAAAAACUUUUGCAAAGGCCAAAGUGUACAAAUCUUAGUCCACUCUGUUCAUAACAUAUUGUAGUUUUCCGAAAAUGAAACUGUAUUGAUAUCAAAUGUUUCAUCGAUGAGAAAAUGAGCAGAAUGUCGGCCAAAAUCCAUCUCGUUCCAUCUUCUCCCACUGCGCGCCAGUGGGUUUCCCCUCAGUGGAAACGCCAAGCGGAUGCUUCACAUUUAUACAUCCAGUAAAAUAUCUGUCUCAUUGUCCCAUCUGACAGCCCCGUCUCUUUAAAUAUUGCAUCUGUCAGGAUGAGACGGGGGAAGUUAAGUUCCUCGUGGCUAAUGGUACCACCGUACAUCAUUUCAAGCCAAUAGGCAGUCUCGCUGAACUCUCCUCCUUUUCCUGAUAUCUGUGCAGAGGGAGGCUGCUGAGGACGAAGGCUGCUGCUGGGGCAGUAGGUCUAGGGGGCAUGCUCUGAUCACAUCAGGUUCGUAUCAUCAUGCUUGAAAACAAAGACGUUAACCUUCAAGUCGAGGAGGAUAACCCCCCAGUGAGCCGACUAACUGCUGCCAGAGAUGAGUCCCACUGCUGAUAGGACCAGGGAGAAAAGGCCCGUCUGGACUUUCACAGUGCCGAGCCAGGACAGCCAUGGCCAAGAGAGACUACCUGGUGGAGGCAGCCAAGCAGAUCCGCAUGGCUCUGGACAGGGAGGUCAGUGAAGACUAUGAAGCUGCCUUCAGCUACUACAAGAAUGGGGUUGACCUGUUGCUCAAUGGAGUUCAAGUGGACCCUAACAAGGAGCGCCGCGAGGCAGUGAAGAGGAAGACUACUCAGUAUCUGAAGAGGGCCGAGGAAAUCUUUAUCUCCCACCUGCAGGACAACCUGGGGAAGGGGAACUCUCACGUAGGGGGUUACAGUAGUCUGAGAUUCCGGCCAAUCAGACACCUGAGCUGCCCAGUGGAGGAUCUGGAGAUGUGUAAAGUGGUGGGGAUCAUCGAUAAGGUCCUGAUUGUCCAAAGCCUGAUUACAAAGGAGAAAUGUGUUGUUAAAAGCCUGCCCAAGUCGAGCUGGGAGAGCCGGGACCAGCCCACUAUCAUCCCCCAGGGCGUCCCCUAUAUGGUGAAGCUGCUGAGAUACUAUGUCAGUGAGGAUGCUGUGUACCUGCAUCUGGAGCAUGUUCAAGGUGGGAAGCUUUUCUCCAAACUGUCCAAGGUCAGGAACGACCGAGCCAAGGAGCACCCAGAAUGCUACAUUCCCAGCCAGCACAGGAUCAAACUGAAGAACAGCUACACCUCCCCUACCAUCAGCUCAGACUAUCAGCAGAAUGACAGAGGGGGCACAGGGACAACCCCUCUCCUGGAGAGGGAGAACGAGGAGAGCCCAGACACAGACUCCCCUGCAUCUUGGCAUGAGGCUCAGCACCGUCUGGAAGGCUGUAGGACCCACUCGUACUGCGGGGAGACAGGCUGCAGGCUGCAGAACAACUCAAGGUCUACAGCGCCACAGCCCUCUUUAUCUGGACCAAUGAGGACAGACAUCAGUCCCCAUAUCCAUCCAGCAUGCCACAGUCAGUGUUUGCACUCUGAAACUCAGGACAAGCCUGCUCUUCCUAGUCAUCUGUGCAUCCAUCAGGUUCCUGAUGUCACCUCUGAGCCUUCUGGGAAGGCCACUGGAACAGAAGAAAUAGAAUCCAGUUUAGAUUUUGACGUGGUGUGGAAGGCUGCUGAUCCGACACAGAAUUGUGAGAGUGACUCAGAUAUAGCUGCAGGUAAACCUGUACCUCUAACAACUCAGACCUCUUCUGGUGGGACAGGGUCAACAGUGAACUUGAAGAAUCAUUCUAUCAGUUUGUAUUCACAGAAUAGUUAUGUUCCCAAUACAUUGCAAUUACCCCUCCAUAAUCAAAGCCAGGCUAGUGAGAUGGCAACUUUGACCUCCUAUGGCUCUCACCAAGGCAGUGUUUCAGGUGGAGACCUUGAGAACACUGUGGGUGUAGAGAUAUCCACACACCAGGAGAGAGGGCAGGAAGAGCAGGUAAACCAUCACACUACUGAAAAGAGCAUUGUGAACUUAGUAAGCGGGGACACAGAGACUUCCCAGCCUGGCAGAGCUGUUUGUCCCUCUACAGUAGACAAGCUGAAGGUCAUGAGGACAUCCUCAUGGAUCUCUCACCCCCCUUCCCUCCCUCGCUGUCUCAGUGCUGGGACAAAGCAGGGGAACCAGGCAGGCAUCUCCCUGGCCCUCACAGGGGCAAAGUAUCAUGUGGGGCCCCCUUGCAGAGAGCCAGGGGAGGAAGUGGAGGAGGGCUGGGAGCUGAGCCCUGUGAGUAAGGACAUCCCCCAAGAGAAAGGAUCACUGUGUGACCCCAACACCCCUGGCCCCACAGGGGCCUCCCCACAGUGUCGGAAGGAGGACAUGAAUGCUUUCCUGAUGUCAAAUGGAUCAGAUGGACAGGGUCAGGAUCAGGAUCAGAUCAUUGAGGUGGAGGGCUGGUGCCACCAGCCCAAGUUCCCAGCCAAGACCUCCAGAGGGAGAGACGGGGUCUGGCAGGGCUGUUGGGGGCUGCCUGAGGCAGAGGUGCGUUUGUUGGGAGCUCAGAUCCUCCUGGCCCUGGAGAGUCUUCACCAGCAAGGUGUCAUGUGCCGUGACCUCAACCCAAAGAACAUCCUGCUUACCAGCAUCGGUAAGGUCUGCCUGACAUUCUUUGGCCAGUGGAGUGAAGUUCAGUCAGAAACCAACUCUGAAGCUAUGGACCAGAUGUACUGUGCCCCAGAGAUUGGAGGUGUGUCCAAAAUCACAGAGGCUUGUGAUUGGUGGAGUUUGGGGGCAUUGCUAUUUGAACUUCUUACAGGAAUGCCCCUGUGGCAGUUCCACCCAGCCGGGGUACAUUCUCACACCCAGCUUCUGAUCCCAGACCACCUGAGUACUGCAGCUGCCUCCCUGCUCACUGAGCUUCUGCAGUUUGACGCUGGUUAUCGUUUGGGCUCUGGAGGCGGUGGAGUGAGUGACAUCAAGUGUCACCCCUUCUUCAAUGGUGUCUCCUGGAAGGCACUGAGCAGUUAGCAGGUCAACAGACUGUCUGUAGCCUGAACAGUUAUCUGCAGCCAAGUGAAGUUGGGCAGCCACUGCCCCCUCGUGGCUAAAAUAAUUGAAGCCCCAGCUCUGGAGCUACUUCCUGAGCAUCUUGUUCUUCCCAAAGAAUGACAGAUUAGAAGGGUAAUUCAGAGCAGCAGGCACACAGCCAACAUGUCAACCCUGCAACAUCCAAACUCUGCCUGCAGUGUUCUCUUUGUAACCUCCAUGUUUGAAUAAUAGAGGCUAGUGUAAACAUAGUAGGGCAAAAUGUACUCCUGGGUGCCUUUUGUGGUAUUUCUGUUGUACAAAUGACAUGCAAUGCUACUGAUAACAUAUCCAUGCAUAUCAUCACCAUGUAUGGUAACGGAUGUUUUUCAUUGUCAAACGCUUACUACACAAAUACUUUUGGCUGUGAUAAACAGAAUUGACAAUAAGGUUAGUAAAAUGAAGCAAUGCA